UUCGGAUGUGCAGUGCGGUUGGCUCGGAGAGUAAGUUGUGGAGUCUGUGAAGUCUGUCAGCGCUGUUUGUAAAUAAACGUCUGUAAUUAAGAAUUACUUGUUGUCGUCAAUAUGAACUCAAGACCUUUUGCACGAAGCAGACACCUCCUAAUGCAACGUUUUAAUUUGGUGUUGAGGAGCUGAAAUGUUAUAAUUUGGUGCAGAAAGUCCUGGGACGUUAUAAUUUGGUUGAGGAAGCUGGGAUGUUAUAAGGGAAGACCAUUGUGUUCAGCGUAUGGCUCUGGUGCAUCACACUGCAUCUGCAGCAGCUAUUUAAGCAGCAUUUGGCACCACAGUGACACAACAUACUGUUACAAGUCCGUUGCUUCAUGGACAGCUGCAAGCCAGAGAUCUGCAGCGUGGACUCCACUGACCCGAAACCACUGCCAUUUGUGACCCCGGCGGUGUCAAAUGUGAGCUCAUUGGAGGGCAGGGUGGAUGUUGUUGUGUUUUCUGAUGAAAGCAGGUUCCGUCUCAGUGCCAGUGACGGCCUUGUGUUGGUUAGAAGGAGUCCAUUUGGAGGCCAGCAGCCAACUUGUCUGUGUGCUAAACACAUCGGAGUUAUAGCCUGGGAUGCAAUUUCAUAUGACAACAAGAGCACUCUCAUGGUUAUCCCAUACACCCCAACUGCAAAUUUGUAUGCCAGUUUGAUGGAAGACCUUUGGCUACACAUUUUUUUAUUGGUUGAAAUCAUAACCCAAUGCCAUGGAGCAAACAUACUAUCAAUUACUGUACUUCCAAGUAAGAGUCAUGUGGGUUUUGUAAAACCAUUGCUGAAUGAGUUAGCAGAGAAAGGACAUAAUUUGACAAUUAUUAGUCCUUUCCCAGAGUCAUCUCAUGCCAACAAUGUAAGGGUUAUUUCCUUAAAUCUUGCUGGUGGCAUGAUAAAAUCUCAUGGAAAUAUGACACUAUUUGAAAUGGGUGGAAGAAGUCCAUUUCCUUUGAUUUUCUACUUGAAGGACCUAGGAAAUGUGCUAUGCAAGAAUGCUCUUAGUGUACCAAAAGUACAGGAGUUAAUUACCUCACAUGAUCAAAAAUUUGAUCUUCUUAUAAUGAAUGGAUUUUUCACAGAAUGUUUCCUUGGAUUUGCUUACAAGUAUAAUGCUAGUAUCAUAUAUCAAACACCAAAUGCCCUAACAUUUUUGAUUGGCAACCCUGUUGGCAAUCCUGCUGCAUAUGCCUAUGUUCCAGAUGUUAUGCUAGAUUUUGGUGUAAACAUGAAUUUCAUGCAGCGAGUAAUCAAUAGUGUGUAUAGCUUGUUAGGUGAACUGGUGCGUUCAUUUUCUUAUUUGCCAACUCAACAAGCUAUCAUGAAUUCUAACUUUAGAAACAUACACUCUUUACCUUCUGUUGAGGAGUUACACAGAAGUGCUUCUUUGCUUUUUGUAAACACUCAUGAAAGUAUGGGAGUUCCAAGGCCACUGACACCAAACACAAUUCAGGUUGGAGGAAUGCAAAUCAAGCCAGCAAAAGCCCUUCCAAAGGAUCUUGAAGCGAUACUGAACAAUUCCAAAGAAGGAGUAAUAUUCUUUAGUUUGGGGUCAAAUAUACAACCAUCAGAUAUGCCGAAGGACAAGUUUCUUGCUUUUAUGACAGCAUUCUCAAAGCUAAACCAGACAGUACUCUGGAAAUGGGACCAAGAUACAAUGCCUGGAAAACCAAGAAAUGUUCAUCUUGGGAAAUGGUUUCCUCAGAAUGACAUUUUAGGGCAUAAGAAUGUCAAAUUGUUCAUAACACAUGGAGGCUUACUAAGCCUUCAGGAAGCUGUCUACCACGCAGUUCCUGUUUUGGGAGUACCAAUUUUUUCAGAUCAAAGAGUAAAUGUCAAUCAGGCAGAAGGCAAAGGAUAUGCAGUAAAGCUGUUUUUCUCCGAUGUAACAGAGGAGUUCUUAUUACAGGCAAUUAAUGAAGUUUUGAGUAAUCCAAGGUAUGCAAAUCGGGCAGCUGAACUGUCACGACAGUUUCGUGACCAGCCAGAAUCACCACUGGAGCGUGCUGUCUUCUGGACAGAAUAUGUGUUGAGACAUCGGGGUGCAGUACAUCUGCAGGUCGCUGCACGUGACCUGCCUUGGUGGCAGUUAGCUCUGCUGGAUGUUGUUGCUGCAGUAUUUGCUGUGACUGUAUUUUCCAUGUAUUGCGUGUUUGCUCUGUGUAGUUAUAUUUAUAGGCAAAUCAGUAGAAAAGUCACAGUUCAAUCAAAGAAGAAUAAUUGAUUUAAUGGCUUCAUUUGGACUUCAGACUUCUACUGUGUCGAUAGACAGUGCCAGCUGUCACAACUGUUUGUUGUUGUCCCAUUCAUGGAUAUGAUCCAUGUAAGAAAUAUUAUUUGCGCAACUAUGCAUGUGCCAAUUACUGUAAAUUUCCAUUAUGAAAAUUUCAUUCACCAGUGUAAAGUGACCAGUUAGCAACCUAUGUCACAGAUUAAAAGUAUAUAAUGGAUAAUAAGCUAUACCAAAAUAUUUCCUUUUCAUGAACUAUGCUUCAUCCAUCUGAACCAUUGAUGUAUGACAUUCAGUCCAGCUUUGUAUUCAUAACACUGAUAGAUGCAUAGCAAUGUAGUCUCAGGUUCAAGAAGAAAAUGUUAUUCUGGACUCCACCCCUUUAUUGGGGCUAAGCCAUUCUGAUUCUUUCCUUUCCUUCUUGGGAUGUCAUUUCAGCAAGAUUUUUAGGAAAGCAUCAAAAACAGAGGUGUUAGUCACAGAUUUUAGAUUUUUUUGAUAAUUGAGUCUGAUGACUUUGUUAUUAGAUAACAGUUGAUAAUCCAUAUUCAGUUGCUGAUCUGACAAAUGAUUCUUGAAGCUCGAAGGUUCACAUAAAUUUGUGCAAGGAACCUGCUCAGAACACAUUUUGCCCACUGAUUUUAGUCUCAAGUUCGUCAGCUGACAUUUGUUUAAUGAUUUUGCUGAUGUUUCAUCAUCAUGAAAUCAUAGAAACCCUCUGAUGUUUGCAAAUGCUGCUAGUUAUUGUUGGCUGUCAAUUUUUUAAAGCUAUUGUGAUGCUUGUAAAUGGUCGAGUAACGGAGACCUUUUGGGGCUUGAGGGUUAUGCCAAAUUUCCAUCAUACCAACUUAAUCUUAGUAUGAAAGACAUUAUAAAAAAAACAUGUGGCUAUGAACUGUUUGUGGAAGCUUUUAUCUAUGCUAUGUUAAAUUGCUACAAAAAUAAUCAGUAUUUGACAUGUAAUUGGAUAGAUAAGAAAAUCUAAUCACCAAGUAUUGGCAGGAGAACUCACACACACAAAAAAGGUUUAACUUAUGCAAGCUUUCAGAGCCAGUGGUUCCUUCUUAUGGCAGAAGAGUUGAAGGGGAAGGAAAAAGGGUGAAUGAAAAGGACUGAUCAGUCCUAUUCAUCCUCCUUCCUUCACCUUCGUCCUUUCCAUGUCAAAUGUUCCCUCCCAUACAGCUUGGCAUUCAAGGCAAACAUAUUUGUUCAUAAGCAGACUCUUUACAGCAAUACACCACCAUUCUCACCUCAGAUUCUAAAAACAUGCCCUGAAAUGAGAGAUUUUGCCCACUACACCUAGAAUAGCUUUUCAUCACCUUCCCAGUCUCCACAAUAUCCUUGUCAGACCCAAUGCUCAUUCUGCACCGAUACCUCUAUCCUAUGCCUUCUACCCCUGUGACCAUCCACACAGCAAGACUUACCCUGUGCACCCUCCUACCACCAACUACAGCAGCCCUGCAAAUGGCAAAACAUACACUUUCAAAGAGUGAACCACCUGUGAAAUGACUUUUGUCAUAUACCAGCUGUUGUGUAAACGCUGUCCGACCUCUUACAUCAGGAUGACUAGCAUCCAGUUAUCAGUUAGGAUGAAUGGUCAUAGGCAGAGCAUUUAUACUACCAACACAUGAUAUCCUGCUGCAGAGCAUGCUCUACAACAUGACAGUCAUGACCCCGGUGCCUUUGCCACCACACGCGCCAUCUGGAUUCUUCUCCUAGACACCAGUUUCUGAGAACUCCACAGGUGUGAACUGGUGCUACAUGUCCUUGUUCUUGUCACCCACGUGGCCUUAAUUUACAAUAAUGCCUUCUGUCUCAGCAUUUCUCCACAGAAACUACUCCUUUCUCCACUCCAUUUUAGUUUUCAACAUCUUUCAUUUCUGACCUGUCUAUUUUUUGCUUUCUCCCCUCCUAUCUCUGUUAAAUAUGUGAAUGUGUUUUGCAUUUUACUGUUAUUAACUCAUGCAUGAUGUUUUAGCAGUAAUUCUGUGGUGCAAAUUACCCUAUCUUCCACCUUUAAGGUCUCUGGUUUUCAAAUCUUGUCUGGUGCAGUCCCCAACAGUCAGUUUACUUCUCAUCCAAUUCAGUAAGUCCCCCCUGAUCUGGGGUUCUGGGUGACUUUUCUGAACUUUACCUCUUUUCCAAAUCUUUCCAAUCCUUUCCUUUGUCCUUCUGCCUUCCCCCUCAACUAUUCUUGCGUAAGUUAAACCUUUUUGAGUGUAUGCUGUCCUGCCACCGCUUGUUGAGUAGAUUUUUUUGUUUUUUGUGUGUAUGAGGUACAAACGAACCAAUCUUACAGCCACUUCCUAGCAUAAUUACUCCUCCAUGAUAUUGUCACUGAUAACAAAAAACAGUUUCACUAAAAUUUUGGUCUACAGAAUCACAGUAUAAGGCAGAAAAAUAAUUGCUGUGUAUAAUCCAACUCUUUUGUGGCAUCCAGAGGGAGGAGGGGAUCUAUAUUGUAAUAAGAAGUGCCAUGAAGUGAGAAAUUGAGACCCUGUAUAAUUGAAAACAUAAGUUAUUAGUUACUGCUUCAAAGAACUGUGUAUAAUUUAAGAUUAAUAUAAGUUUGAAAAGAAGGUCUGAUCACACCUCUUUCACUUCAGUGCUAUCAUAUAGAUAUUAAGCUAGCAACAGGUGAUACACAGCAGCUAUUUAACAUAACAGAGGAAACAGCAGCUUUUUUGAAAGUAGUGGCUUUCCUAUCAAUUUCACUAAGUCAAAGUUAAUGUUAGUACAAAAGGCUUAUAGCAGUUUAAAGAUAGUUGUUAAUGGAGUUCUUAAUGGUUACUUCACUUUGUUCAUGUUUACUUUGACUUGUUUUCCAUUCUCAAUAUUUGAACAAUGGAAAAUGAUUGAAGUAUGAAUACUGUUUUUCUCAACAGAAGAUGUCUUGACAUUGAAAUGGGGGAGGAUGUUGCUGAAAUAAAAUGGCUAUUUUACAGUUCUAAUUUUUUCUUGCACUUCAUAGUUCAAAUAUCCUCAUACCAGAGAUAUGUAAAGUUUGAAAGUAAGUACAGUAGGGCGUCGAUUAUCCGAAUGUCGGUCAACCAAACGACCGCGUAACCGAACUGUGUACUUGCUCGCACCUGUUACUCUCCCACCCUACCGUCCAUCAUCUCCCUCACCCCCAAACCAAGUUUCCAACAGUAGUCACCGCACUGGGCCACCACUGGCAGAACGUUGCUUGUAAUGGGGCCUUCACAAGGCAUUGUUGACCGGCCAAGCCGCCAGUUGCUGUGUUUCAACAAUCAGCACACUUCUGUAGGCUUGGCACUGCUCAUGGUGCAAACAGUCACCUUCUGUUCUCUGUUACGACCACUUGUGUGGUGCUGUGUGAAGAAGUUAACUUGACGAUACAAAAUGCUUAAACAUAAACGUGUUAUCCUUUCUAUGAGGGACAAGUACGAGAUUAUUGAAAGGUUAGAAGAAGGUGAAUCUGCAACCACUUUAUCCAAUGAGUACAAGGUGGGGAAGUCAACAAUUACAGAUAUAAAAUAUUUUUGUUUAAUAAACUGUGCCACAUACUAUAUAUUCCUACUGAAGUUGCCUUUGUAUGUUACUUUGUAAUGCUAAAAGAGAUGCCUGUUUUUAUGAAUAAAUUUACUGUACAGUAACUCUUUUUGGCAAAUAAACAUGUACAGUUCGAUUA